CCCGCCCACUGGAGAGAGGACAAAAACAAUCGGGAUCUCUCUCAUCGAAGAACAUAAACAAGAGGAUCUAACCCAAAUCAACUUACCUAAUUCGUCUUUACUAACGUGAUCAUCAUGGUUUCCCCUGUGACUGUGGUCAAGAGUGAAGGCCCCAAGCUGGUGCCGUUCUUCAAGGCAACCUGUGUUUACUUCGUCCUUUGGUUGCCAACCUCAAGUCCAUCCUGGUUUAGUGCACUUAUCAAAUGUUUGCCCAUCUUCUGCCUCUGGGUCUUUCUGCUGGCUCAUGGCUUCAGCUUCUUGGGGGCUCACUCCAGUGCCCGCAAGAUCCUAGCUGGCCUCAUCUUUUCUGCUCUGGGCGACGCGUUCCUCAUUUGGCAGGAGCAAGGCUACUUCGUCCAUGGUCUUCUGAUGUUUGCCAUUACUCACAUACUCUACUCAUCUGCCUUUGGAAUGAAGCCCAUCAAUGGGCGCGCAGGCCUGGUGAUUACUGCUGUGUCCAGUGUGAGCUACAUCCUGCUUUACCCUUACCUGUCAGGCCCCUUUACUUACCUGGUGGCUGUCUACAUUGCCCUGAUUGGUUUCAUGGGCUGGAGGGCCAUUGCGGGCCUGCAGCUAGCCAAUGAUCUAUGGACCUGGACCAAGCUGUCAGCCUGCCUGGGCGCUGUGCUGUUCAUGGUAUCUGACCUCACUAUAGCCGUCAACAAGUUCUGUUUCCCUGUGCCCCACUCGCGAGCUAUCAUCAUGGCAACCUACUACGCUGCCCAGAUGUUGAUCGCUCUGUCAGCUGUGGAAUGCCAGGAUGUGGAGGUUUUGCGGAAGAGGAUAUGAGGAGCCUCUCUGUCUCUGUGACAACAAGGUGGUAGCUGCUCCCCAGGUGGUCAUGGACACAUUUCACUACCACAUCUCAAAGCCUCUGCCCCCAUCUCCAUUUUGGACAUGGUGACUGGACCACCACAGUCUCGUACGAUAGUCUCACACUUCUUCCUUACUAUGACGCUGUGGUUUUAUUGUCUUCAGCCUCUCCCGACAGCAGUGCUGCCUGCCUCUUUUGAUCCCUGAAUGGAAUGCCUCCUUCUACUUGAUGACCGUGGAUAUGCGCACAGUAUUGCUAAUCUACCUAACAAAGUAUUAGUUGAUUUAUUUUGGUUUAAGGAGAACAUCAUUAAGGAAUAUCUUAGGGGUAUGGGGGUCUGGAUUUAUGUUUUUCCUAGUCCUAUAUUUCACAGGUUCCUUAGCAAUAUGUCAUCUCCUAACUCAAGACACUUAAAAAUCACUCUAACUCGGUCCAUGAAUGCAAAUUAAUGUUUGUGAAUUUUUUUUUUUUUUUUUAAUGUCUGAGAUAAUGUGUGUGUCACGUCAGUGUGAUUCUCAUCCAAUCAUGUCACAAUGAUCCCCGAAAGUUGAAUCUAAGGCAACUGGAUGCCUUAGCCAAAUAACAAGAAGUACAGUUGCCUUCAAUUUAACAUUUGAGGUGUAGCUGUAGUUGUCUCUGAAAAGGGAUUUCUUAGUGACUUAUAGUACUUACUCAUAUUUGCCUCUACACCUUAUCUUAUUCUGUCUUCCCCUGUAUUGAGGGUGCUAUUUAAAAAAAAAGUGUGAUGAGCAAUUGUAUUUAGCUACAAACUCUUCCAUUCCACUCACGAAUACUCAUGAUGCUCUUGUUUGAUCUGGUUUUCAACAACCUCAGCAACACACCCAGUCUCAUUGGAGUAGGAUCCUGGUCCUUAACGCAAUCCCUAUUGUGUGCCGUUACUAUGUUGGGCAGGUAAAGGUCGUUGGUCACUCGUGUAUGAAUUUCAUUGUCAUUAGAAGUAACUGAUGAUCUGUGUAGGGUGCAGUCCAAUUUCAUCUCAGAUUCACUUCAGCCCUCCUUAGAUCAAUAUGAAAAAAGGCAUGAGUAGAUGAGUUAAAACGUUGGAAAUGUUGGCAUUGCAGAAAAGUUAUUUUACAUGGCCUGGUAUUAUUUUACGUUGACUGAAAUGCAAGUGUUUUGUUAGUGAAAUGUGUGUAGGUCUAUGUUUUUGGCAACUGUCUUGUAAUGCAAGGAACAUUUUUUUUUCUGAAUACUUGUAGGUACAAAUGAAAACAAUGACAAAACCUAUUUCACAAAACUAAGGCCAAGGUAGAAUAUACAUUUUUUAAAAUCCCUCAGGAUAGAAAAAAAAUCCCAACAGCAUCGCCUGCCAUUUCCUAAUGUCUUAUGUCAUCCGUCUGCACCAGGAAGUAGCCUAACAACUAACAAACUGAUGGUCUUAGAAAUUCUUGCAUGGUUUACUUGUUCCUUUUUCUUUGUUAACAGUUCAGCCUUGGCAGAGAUUUGUGGUGUACUCUGACAUCUACUUAAUCUUCAUUCCCGCACAAUUUUUUGGCUGGUAGACUGACUCGUCAAGUGUAUUAGAACAUUGCAGCUUUCUUCAGCUGUCCACAUGCAGACGUGCACAAAGACACACAGAGUGAAAAUCUACUCUCUGUACACUUGAACUGGCAUAAGGCCAAAAAUGCUGAUGCCCGUCACAGAACAGAUUCACCAUUACACCACUGGAUAACAUACUGUAGAUUCAUAUGUUCUCUCAAUGCACUUAAACACGCUCAAGUGGUGACCCCCUUUAAUGUUUUACACAACCCCCACACACAAAUCAACCUAAUCUGUGACUACUGUGGAACCUCUUUCCCAAACACAAUCCGUUCAAGGACCCCGGUCGUUCACAAAAAUCCCACAGUAAAAAUUGUCAAGAAAAGAAAUACAUGGUCAUGAUUAAGAUGUGAAACCUCAAACGAUGAAGACAGAAUGCAAAGUUGAUCCCCGUCACAGACACGCCUCUGGCAUAAAAAUUCUUAACGGGAAUAAAAACUGCAGCCUGUCCCAGGUGAUAUAUAAAUGACAAAGAAAAAAACACUUAGAACAAAACACUUGCCUUUGACAAGAGGGGACACUGGAGUUUGAUCUCUCUGUGCCGCCAUAACGUGUCAUGCACAAUAGAUAUCAAAGGUUUCCACCUGCCUGUUGAAAUUUAAGGUGUUGGUGAUGUAGAAAAAAAAAGACCAGGAUAAGUCAUUUCAGAGCUUUUUUAGCCUUCUGAUCUACAGUAUAACCUGUAGAACUCAAUUGAAAAAAAAAUGAAGGAGCAACCUGCUUGUAUAAAUCUGCACAAAUACUUUGGUACAAGUACCUUUGUUUUUUUUUUUUUACAGUACUCAGUCUUCUGAGUAGGAGUCUUAUCAGAGUGGUAAUUCUUGGUGUGGAAAUAUUCGCCCACUGUUCUUUACAAGGCCGCUCCAAAUCUGUUCGAUUUUGAGAGCAUCUCCUGUGCACAGUCCACUUCAGGUCACCUCACAGAUUUUCAGUUUCCUCAAAUUCAGGUCUGGAAUCUGGCUGGGUCAUUUUAAAACCUUAAUCUUCUUCUUUGAGCCAGUUUGAAUGGAAUCUUUGGGUCAUUGACAUGCUGAAAGAUGAAGUUCCUCUUCCGCUUUCGAACAGAAGCCUGAAGGUUUUGUGUUGACAUUGACUAAAAUUGGGAACUCUCUCUAACCUGACGUAGCCCCCGUUCCAUCUAUAAAUAAAUAAACUAUAGUCCUAAAGCAUGAUACUGACAGUAAUUACCAUAACUCACAAUAGGAAUUAUGUUCUUUUGAUGAUGAAAAGUGUUAUGUUGGUGCUAAACAUACCCUUUGGAAUUCUGGCCAAAAAGUUCACCCUUGGUUGCAUCAGGUCAAAACACUUCCCAGGUGUGUUUGGUAGAUUCCGUUUUGUUUUGUAACAAGGUUUCCAUCUUGCUGCCCUAACUCAUAGCCCAGACAUGCUGUAUGAAGAACACAGGAGAUUGUUUCCACAUACUUGCUAGAAAUUCCUCCAGUUCCUUCCUUCUUGCUGUCGGCCUCCUUGAGCAGUUUUCUUCUCCUUUUUUCAUUCAUUUUGGAGGUACAGUACAUCCAGUUCUUGGGAAUGUCAUUCUUAUGCCAUAUUUUCUCCACUCGAUGAUGACUGCCUUCACUGUUUUUCAUGGUAUAGUUAAUGACUUGGAAUUUUUUUGUACCAGGAUCAAAUAAUCACAGACACUUUAAAUGGUGGGAGGUGUGUGCUGACUUCCAUUUAGCAUGAGUUUCAAGGUGAUAAAGGUUUGAAGGUUAAUUCUGAACACAGACAUAAUCUGAGUUACAAGAGGAUGCGCACACUUUGGAACAACAUAAUCUCAUUGGCUUGGUUUUACUUUCUCUAGUUUCUAUUGAGUUGUACGUUUUCUUAGGUUACAUUGAUAGUGGAGUUUUUUUCCCCAAAUGAUUUGUCUUUUACUUCUUUUUCAAAUCACAAAUACGUGACAUAUUAACAAGGGUGUGCGAACUUUUUAUACCCAAUGUAUUUUCUUCCCCUAACAUAAUUUAUGGAGGCAAAAACCCAAAUCAAAAGUAGAAAAACAAAAGAACUUGGGCCUCAUGUCACGCUGAUGUUUCACAUGACAUUGUGUAUGAUGGUGAUUUCAAAUCUGAAGUAAAGUAAAUCAUCAUAUAUUUGGGUACAAUUACAACUUGUAUCCCUCUAGGGGCUUUGUACUCUAGAGGUUCUACAUUAUUUUAAUGUUUGGAAAUUUGUCCUUGUAAUGCAUAGGUUAUGAUUAAUACCAAUGAUUGUUUGUUGUUUAAAGAAAGGAGAAUGACUGCACCUUACAUACGCUUGCAGUUAUCUGCAGGUCUUAUUAAAAGGUCAUGUUUAGUUAUUUUGAUAGCAAAUUGAUACAUACUGCAGCAUACCAAACAAACCAGGAUGGGAAAGAAUCCAACCCGGAUUAGGGGUUUCUGCUUGGUCAAUAACCCGUGGAGUUAGUUCACCCACAUACGGUCAAGGAAUCUUCACACACACACGCAUAUGCUGUUGUGUUUCCAUUCCACCAGAACGAAUACGCAGACGGAGCAUAGUGAUGACUUAGCCUAUUUUCCAUUUAGUAGUGGAAAUAAGUGAAGACUAUAUUAGUGACUGUCGUUUGGCCGGAUAGUUCCUCAAUCUGUUUUUCACAUGUCAGCAUGGCUGUCAGUAUAUUUGCUUUGUCAGUCGGUUCCACAUGUCUUUUGAAUGUGUCCACCAAACAUUGUGGCAUAGUCUUCCUCAUCUAAGCAUUUGUCUCUUUGUUUUGUCUUGAGCGUCAUGUCGAACUAUAUCGGGAAUAUGAAGCCUGAGUCAAGCGGUCUUAGUCAUAUGUGGGCAAUUUAUGUAAACAGCCCUUUUGGCCUCUACCAAAAAAAAAACCCAACCAAAAAAACAAACGCAGGAGGAUUAUUAUCCUUCUGUACUCUUGGCUACAACAGAUAAGACAAGAUAAACUAUUUGUAUAGUUAUUUUUGUGAGGCAACCCACACUCUAGAAAGUCGUGCAUGCUGAAAAUGUUAUUCUGUGAUCUGAAUUGUGAAGCUGCAAAUUGUCGUUCCGAUCAAACUGCUGUUUGUAUUGGACUUUAACACAAUCACCCAACUCAAGCCAUUCAGGCAAUUUCCUCUGGCUGCGCUGCUUGUGUCUAAUUGGGAAGGAAGUUGGUCUUGACUGAGAAUGUUGCUGGAUUUAAAUAGGCUGAAAUACACUCUGCCCAUCAGCCUGUCAACAGUCCUGUUGUUCUCAGCUUUGUGCAAGGAAAAAAAAAAAAAAGAACCUGUGAGAGCUGUAGGUUACCGUUUGGGUUCUCCACAGCAAUUGUAAUGAUCCAGAACCAGAAGCUAGUUUUGUUCAGGGGUCCAGAUUUUCACUUGCACUUUGCUGUUACUCUCCUUACUUGCUCUCUUGUCUUUUAUGUCUCUUGACGUUUAGAACAUAAAUUUGUAUCUCUCAAAUGCGCAUGACAACAUAGGUUGAAAUGAAUCCACAACAUUGAUGAAGUUCAGAGCUUGUGUGUGUGUGUGUGUGUGUGUGUGGUGUGUGUGUGUGUGCGUGUGUGUGUAUGUUUCAUUUUAACCCUGACAAACGUACAAUGUCCUUAUGAAAGUAAAACAUACGGUUAAAACAACUGUGGACCCUGGCCAAGUUUGUUUGUUGAAUACUUUUAUCUGGAGAUGAAAGAAAAAAGAUGCGUUAAGAAGAUAUUUUUUAUUUUGUUUACAUUUUGACAAAUACAUAGUAAAGUUUGGCAAUUAAUGCAUAUCCGAUGUUUAAAUGUAGUAGUGGUUUUGCUAGAACUAGAAUCAUUUUAGAACGUUCUUUUAAAAAUUCACUAACUCAAAACUUGGCCAGCUUGGUGUAAAAACAAUGCAAUCAUUCUCAUUCAACUCUUAAACGAAAUCUUUUAUAUGCUGCUAUUGUACGAUGUAACCCAUGUAGUGUUGCGAUGAGAAGAUUAUUUUAAACAUGAUUGAUGAAGCACAAUAAAGAGUUUGUGUAAGUAUGAUUUUUAGUUUACAGCAUUUAUUGUUCUGAAGGCAUUUCAAAUUUGUCAAUUUUUUAAAAUUCUGAAAUGAUAGUACAAAAAAGCAUGCUUUUUUCCCUUCACAUGGCCAUGUAUAAUUUAACUUGGAAAAAAACGUGUCCCGGUAUUUCUAUGCUAUGAUACUGUAUAUUUCCCUUUUUGUUCUUGGUUUUCACUUGUGAUUUAUGAUUUCUUUCAAGAGUAGACAAAAUAGUUUCUUUGCUGUAGUGAAACUGCUAUGAAUGUGAAUAUGUAUUGGAGAAAUAAAUGCAAUCGCAA